AUGGACCCGUCGCUCAUCCUCCCCCGCCCAUCGCGUCCGUUCACUCCCUCGCAUCCAACGGUCAGAAAUGCGUCUCGAUUUGUGUCGCCGGCGACGUCAGCCUCCCCGUCCCCCUUUUGCGUUGCGCCAUUCCCGUGGAUUUCCGCCAGUGCGCGCACACGUAUCCGCGCGGCGGUAGCGCUGUCAGGGAGUAUUCCGCCGCGUGAACCGGCGGAUUCAGCGCGCACGCGGGGGAGUGGGGGGCGCGGAACGGUAGCGGCGGCGUCACUGAAGCGCCCGCCAGUGGGGCUGGGGGCGGAAGGCGCGCUGGCGGAGGAGGUUGCGGCGGAGGCGGUGGAGGACUUGUUGGGGGAAGGGGAAUCGGAAGGGGAAGAGGGAGCGAGCACGGCGGUUGCUGACGUGGCAGGGUCUGAAUCCGACGUGGACCAACCCGUGGUGGAAACGCGCACCUGGCUGUGGCGCGGCCACUCGAUUAGAUACCAAAUGUCAGGCUCGCAAGGCCCGCCCGUCCUCCUGAUUCACGGAUUCGGCGCCAGCAGCGACCACUGGCGGCACACGCUGCGAGUGCUGGGCGCAUCGGGGCACCGCGUGUUUGCGAUCGACCUGCUGGGGUAUGGAUACUCGGAUAAACCCACCCCGAGCUACCGGAUCAAGAAAGAGCAGCAGGCGGAGCAGGGGGAGCAGGGGCAGAAGGAGCAGGGGGGUGGUGGUGCUGGUGGUGGUGUGAGCGGUGGCCAAUCAGAGUACACGUUUGAGAACUGGGGGCAGCAGGCCGUUGACUUCAUUGACCAGGUGGUGGGCGAGGAGGCUUUCAUCGUUACAAAUUCAGUUGGAGGAGUGGUGGCACUGCAAGCAGCAGCCUCCCACCCCUCCAGGGUCCUCGGUCUCCUCCUGCUCAACAUCUCCCUCCGAAAUCUCCACAUUCGCAAACAACCCUUCCUCGCCCGCCCCUUCGUCGCCCUCCUCCAAUCCACCCUCCGCUCCACCUCCCUCGGAGAGCAAUUCUUUGCCUCAGUCGCCACGCCGCGCGCCGUGCGUAACGUGUUACGCCAGUGUUACGGCGACCCGGCUACAGUAACGGAUGAGCUCGUGGAUUUGAUUCUCAAGCCCGGGUUGCAGCCAGGGGCGGUCGAUGUGUUUCUGGAUUUUAUCUGCUACUCGGGCGGGCCGCUGCCAGAGGAUCUGCUACCCAGAGUGCAGUGCCCUGUGCUGUUCGGAUGGGGCCAAGCGGACCCCUGGGAGCCAGUGGAGCAAGGCAGGACAUUGAAGGAUUUCCCCUGUGUGGUCGGUUUUGAGGAGUUCCCAGGGGUGGGCCAUUGCCCUCAGGAUGAAGCUCCCCACAUCGUGAACCCCCUUAUAGAGCGUUUUGUUUCCCAGCAUAGCAAAGCAGCUAGGUAA